AUGCACAGUUACAGCGGCUCGUAUGCCACAGACGCUCGCAUGAGACUGGAAAGUCUCAAGUCUGGGUCCAGUUCACCUGUUCCCACUGGUGCAAAGAUGGAACUGAUGUACAACUAUGAUUUUUCUAAAGACAUUUGGCAAAUUGGGCAGAAUGAACUUUCGGCUCUGGAUUCAGUGGAUCUGAUUGAUGUAGAGGGAGAUGAGGAGGAUGAAGAGAGUUGGUUGUAUGUUUCACCAAAACAAUGUGCAUUUGUGAAGAAAACCGAGUCUGCUCUCAGAUGGUGCAGACACGUUUUGGAUAAUCGCAGUCCAGAGAUGGAGACGGCCUGCUCAAAGCUGAUAAACAGGCUGAAUUUAAAGUUGAGUUGUGAAUUCCAGCAUCCACGUCUACAGCAGACCUUUUUUCAUGAAGCACCAAUGGACCAUGCCUCCUUUAGUUCCACCUUUUCUUCGGGCAGUUUUGACCACAGUGACUCAAACUAUACGUUUCAGAACAUGUCAGAUGUUUAUGACAUUGCCCGUAUACAAGAAGCAAGUUUGCGGCAGGGGAAUGUCUUCACACACAGACGUUUUGAGUCCCCCCAGACUCUCUGCUCAAAGCCCAAUGCAACAAGUGAUGUCACCAAAGAAAACGGUGCAAAGGCUUUAUGCAGUCACUCAGCAAGAAGUGUGGAGAAGACCUGUCUAAGUCCAAAAGUAACAAGACUUCAUCAGUACAAGAUGCUCAGGCGGGCACAGAAUCAAGGUUCACCCGGCAGAUCCAGCUCACCCAUGCGCACCAGUCUUCGCUCUCUGCAGGCCGUGAGGAGCAGCAGGAGUUUAGACAUUGACGACAACAGUCUGGACCAGAUUCUUCUCCCUAGUCCUGAUGAGUUUGAGAGGAUGACAUCAGUAAACAGAUAUCUAUCCCAUCACCAACCAGCCUCAGAUGAACCACUUGUGAUCAGGAAGUUUGUGGUUUUCUGA